AGCAGCAGCAGCAGACGCCGCCGCUGCCUUCGGGAGAUCUUCUGUCCAGUAGAUGGCACACACAGCUUUGCCUUCCUUGAUGGAGGGAGAAACCUGACACGUCCAUGAUCCAGACACUCCCUUGGAUUGGAUCUGCCUGGGGCUGAACAGGGAACCAGGAAAUGCGGGCGCCCUGUGCUCCAGUGAGGUUCUCCUCUCCAGAAAGGCAAGAUUUCUCCCUCCAGAGAGCGAAAUGGGCAACCAGUGCUGCUGCUGCGGAGGCGUCUGGAACUGCCCCUCGCCGUUUAAGCGGAAAAAAGAAAAGCCAGGUACAAGAAUCAUUAGGUCAAGCACCCAGCAGCACCCAGAGAGCAAGAAGGGAAUGGAUGUUGGGCCCGUUUAUGACGACGUGUCUGAGUUCCCAGUCUAUGCCACCGUGAGCAAGCCGAAGAGCAUGAAGCGUGACGACAGCAGCGUACAUUACGCAGACAUCCAGGUCUUCAGCAAAAUACGGGAGCGCUCAGCUGAAGAGGUGAAGACCUUCCAGUCCCAGAACACUACAGAAUAUGCCACCCUCAACUUCCCCCGGGCUACACAGAAGUAUGACAGUAAGAAUGGCACUCUGGUGUAAGAGCUGAAGCCUUCUUGCUAUCCAACAACAGAAGCAUCUCUCAGACCAAGAUGUUGUGGAUUUUGUGUCUCCACUUCCUUGGCUGGCGAACACCUAAGAAGGGUGUGUCAUCUUUCGGCUGCAUCUGAUAAGGGGACACUGUUGUAACGGGAGCAAAAACAUUUCCUCAAGUGUGCCAAGAAAAUUACUAUUUGGGGCAAGAUGACCAGAGACAUUUCUGAAGCUAGUAGAACCUCUCCUCUUUUGUUUCUUUUAUAAUAUAAAGAUAUCACUGGGAGACCAAGCUACACGGUGAAAAUGACACGGCUGGAAUAUUGGUUUGCUUCCAAAUGACCCAUUUGUUGAGUGUUCAUCCCGAUUUGUUUGCAGGGAGGUUAGGUGACUUUUGUGAUUUAUUGCGUAUUCAUCCUGAUUUGUUUGUGAGGAGGUUAGAUGAUGUUGCUCCAAGCAAUUGUUAUCCCACACUUUCAGUGCAUUUCUCCAUCACUUUCCUUAUUACAAAAAGUCCAGUUUUGGGGGGAAGUAGGUUUGUGAAAGAACUGCAAAUCAACUUUAAUGUGAUUGAAUCUCCACUUAAAAUAGCAACAGUCUGGAAGUGCCUUUGGAGCUAAAGAAUAUAGAUAUUUGUGAUGCCCCCCUUCAGAUCAAUAGUAACUGGAUUCCAUUACCAUAUUAUGAACAUUCACUGUGAAAUUACAACCGGGGAGUAUCGUUUAGGAUGCACAGUGAGAGUGAUUUUUCAAAGAAAGCAGGUACUAACAUAAUCAGCAAUAUCCAGAGGAGUAGCCUUGUUAAUAUAUUGCAGUGAAAAGGAAAAGGAAAAG